AUGGACUGGAGCUCACCAGAGAUACCGAACGUUGCCAAAAACUAUCCCGUCCUACGGAAUGUCUUGGAGGCUCUUGAUAAUAGUACUCUGUACAUCGAUCGCAGAGGGAAUUUCAAUACAGCUCUUGACAUUGCCAAGGGUUCAUGCACUCAAAGCCUCUCUACAGGGGGAGGCAGCCUCGCUGCUGCUCUCAUUAGCUGCGGGAUUGUCCACACCCUGCAGGGUAACUGUAGGAAGGCUGUCGGUGAGUUCAAUGAAGCAAACAGUAUUGAACAUUCCGACCUCGCUCUACGCUUCCUGGCACAUACGUACAUAUAUGUUGCCAAUACAAUAAACUACGACAUGCUUCCAGAUACUGCUAACGGACAUGCGCACGAUAUUCAAUACAAAUUUGACAAGAUUCAGAAUAUGCAAGAAUGGUUUUCGCGAUGUUCCGAGCUUCCCAUUAUACACAUAGUGGAUCCCUUGCUAUACCGCGAAUGUCAGUUAUUGCAUAAGCAUAGGUGUUGGAUGUCGACGACUCGACAAGGUCCAGAUCGAACAGAGCCUUUGGCAACACAGAACAGGAAGAUCCUGCUAUCAGGAUCAGAGAAGAAUCAUGAUUAUCUUGCAAAUUUAGCCAAGUUGUUCGCCCGGUAUUUCGAAAAGGAGGACGCCAGGAAAAUCCUCAGGAGUGCUCGGGUAUAUUAUGAGCAAUCCGAUGACAUGGUUGGCCUUGGGAAUAUCGAAUUGACACUUGGCGACUGGCUGGUCGCGCCGCUCUCGUGUCCCGAAGUCUGGAAUUCAUUCCUAGAGGAAGGUACCGGCGAUAAUUCACUGCACUGGAAAAUUGAGGCUGCUGAGGCUGCUAUUGAUAUCAAUUCCGUUGGCGAAGCGAAACGGCAUUAUGACAAAGCUUUAAGACUAUUCACCUCGCGAAACGCCCUCAGAGGAGUGGCAGCGGUCAGACUGCGCCUCGGAUACUUGUCCGUUGUCAAAGGUCUCGCAAUCACGGAUAUUGAGUUUGAGAAGGACUUUGCAGCAGCACGACAGGAACUACAAGCAGCAGCGGCCCUUUUCCACGAUACCGGGGACACCAUGGCUUUUCAGCUAUGCCAGGCCCACGUGUCCAUUUGCGAUGUGGGAGAGAAACAAGGUCCGGAAGAUCUGCAACGGGCAAUCAAUAUUGGACAGUGGGGCCGCACGGACGGGAGUUUUGGAUAUGCUCUAGGACUAGGUCUCUUGUUUGCACGAAUAGGACGGCGUUGGGCAAAUCACAUUGGUGACUGUGAGCGUGCGUUUACAUGUUUGCGCCUGGCCGAAGCCUUGUUUAAGCAUCUAGGCGCAGGAUUGUCUCGCAUCCAUGCUAUUGCCGACCAGAUGAACUUGUACCAGCUGAUAGGAGAUUUUCCAAGUUUCUCAAGAUUGGCUGUUGUUGCUUUGGAUGAAUGUGAGGCGUUGCAAAGCCAGGAACCGAGCCUAACAAACCGUAUUGAGGUGGUGUCCAGGUGGAUUUUGAUUGGCAUGCUAGGUACAGCUAUGAGCAGAAAAGACCUGACAUUAAUUGACCGCGCACUGGAUUAUAUUUCCGCCCAUUUGGAAAUGAAUUUGCCAAAGGAAGCUACCAUGUUCCCGCGAGUGGAUGAGACCGCUGUCGCUAUAGCCACAAUCCGAUUGUCAGAGGAUCCCGAGGCUAUAACCAAAGCGAUGCACGACGCCCUCAAGUCUUUCGAUCCUAAUCAAAUGGCUCAGAGCAUUUUGAUGUCCACUGUCACAGAUUCCAAAGUCUAUAGGGAAUUUUACCGUGGUUUGAGCCAUAGAAGAGAGGGCAAUGCCGAAGAAGCUCGAGGGUGUUUUCGAAGCGUCCGAACAAAAGCCCAAGUUUAUGACGACUCUCGGAGAGAUCACAUGGAAGCCAUGGCCUAUGCAGGGGAGGGUGAUUAUGCCAACGCGAGGAGGGCGAACAAGAUGUCUCUCAAGCUACGAAUGGAGGAUCUUGAUAUACGAGACCAGCGAGGCGAGAGCACCCCUCUCGACGCUGAUAGCAGGAGGCACAUUGCCGUGGAGGCCCUUAUGGCUUUGGUUCAAUUCGAUGACUAUGAAGAGGCCGAGUCGUGGUUACAUUUCCUAAAUCAUAACUUUCCAGAUUGGUGGAGGCUUCAAAGUUCUCCUUGGUCAGGUCUUUAUUACAUGGAAGAGGGCUUUGGACACUUGGAUUCCGCUCUCACAACCUAUGAAGGGGCCAUAUCGCUGUUCGAGCGGCACCGUCAGAACUUAUCUAUUGAUGAGCUAAAAGUUGCUUUCUCUGGAGGAUCUACGACGCAGAAGAUCUUCUUUGCCUGCGCAAGAACCAUGUUCAAAAUGCGCCAACGGCACGAGUCCGUCACUGUCUCUGCCAAAGAUAUCGAGCCAAGAAUAUUUAAUGUGGUUGAGCGAGGAAAGGCUCGAAGUCUGCUGGAUCUCAUGCAAGGUGGACUGGUGGGCAGCGGCCAGGUUGCCACUUCUAGUCCAUUGCGCCGCUGGAGACAACUACAUGCCUCACGAUCGAUGCACUGUACGCUCAUCCAGCACAAGUUUGGUAAUGGCAAAGUCGAUCAUGCAGAGGUAACGCAUCUCAAGGACUUGAUUACGAAGAUCGAAGGCCAAAUUCAGAGCGUCGAAAAGGAAAUGCAACUAAGAGGUGGCACGGCAAAACCAGUCACUGCUGAGGUCAGCUCUCUUAUAGAAGUCGCCACCAAUCUCCCUGAGGAUACGUUGUUCGCUUGGGCGACCAGCAAUGAAGCGAUGGUAAAGCUAGUACAUAAGGAACUUGAAGAAUACUGGCUCGAUCGAGUUGCUAAGGAGUUUCACGAUGCCUGUGACAAAGGACUUAUGACCACGCAUGGGGACCAACUUUCCGACACGCUCCUGAGACCGUUUACCCACCUCCUGGAGCGCUACACGAGACUUAUUAUCGUGGCACACGACUCCCUCCAUCUUGUGCCCUUCCACGUUCUGCCGUUUAAAGGAACACCUCUUGUGCUCUCUCAUGUGCUGACAUAUCUCCCAAGCUCAAUCAUCUUACGCUAA